CUAAUAAUUUAUUUCGUUAAUUUUGUUUUGUUUUUGGGUGAACUCUCUGUUCUGGUCCGUUGUCAUUGAUUGAGAUUUGAGAUCGUUUCCUUGGCAAUUGCCAUUGAAGAACAGAAACGUCGUUCCUUUGAAAUUGUAUUUGUUGAUUGUUUCUUCCUUUAUCUUUCAUUGGCAUUUGUGAUUGUAAUUGAUCCGAUAGAGAAAUGAGGGAGAUAAUAAGCGUACACAUAGGACAGGCAGGGAUCCAAGUUGGGAAUGCCUGCUGGGAGCUCUACUGCCUUGAACAUGGAAUUCAACCUGAUGGCAUGAUGCCGAGUGACACCUCUGUUGGUGCGGCACAUGAUGCUUUUAACACCUUCUUCAGCGAAACCGGUUCUGGCCAUCAUGUGCCCAGAGCUAUAUUUGUUGAUUUGGAACCCACGGUUAUUGAUGAAGUCAGAACUGGGACUUACAGACAACUGUUUCAUCCUGAACAACUUAUUUCUGGCAAAGAAGAUGCUGCUAACAAUUUUGCCAGAGGACACUACACAGUGGGGAGGGAAAUUGUGGACCUAUGCCUUGACAGGGUGAGAAAAUUAGCUGAUAAUUGCACUGGUUUGCAAGGGUUUUUGGUCUUUAACGCUGUUGGUGGUGGCACUGGUUCUGGUUUGGGGUCACUACUUCUGGAACGAUUGUCUGUCGAUUAUGGGAAGAAGUCAAAACUUGGUUUCAGCAUUUAUCCUUCUCCUCAGGUCUCCACUGCUGUUGUAGAACCUUACAAUAGCGUGCUCUCCACGCAUUCUCUCCUUGAACAUACAGACGUGGCUGUGCUUCUAGACAAUGAAGCCAUUUAUGAUAUCUGUAGGAGAUCUUUAGACAUUGAAAGGCCAACAUACACCAACUUGAAUAGAUUAAUAUCCCAAACAAUCUCUUCUUUGACCACUUCUUUGAGGUUUGAUGGUGCCAUUAAUGUGGACAUUACAGAGUUUCAAACUAACCUUGUCCCAUAUCCUCGUAUCCACUUUAUGCUCUCAUCUUAUGCCCCUGUAAUCUCCGCCGCCAAGGCUUACCAUGAGCAACUAUCAGUUCCUGAGAUCACAAGUGCUGUAUUUGAGCCCUCAAGUAUGAUGGCCAAGUGUGAUCCGAGGCAUGGGAAGUACAUGGCAUGCUGCUUGAUGUACCGUGGUGACGUCGUACCAAAGGAUGUAAAUGCAGCUGUAGCUACCAUUAAGACAAAGCGAACAGUUCAAUUUGUUGAUUGGUGCCCAACUGGUUUCAAAUGCGGUAUUAACUACGAGCCCCCUUCAGUGGUGCCAGGUGGUGAUCUUGCCAAGGUGCAACGAGCAGUUUGCAUGAUAAGCAACAACACUGCUGUCGCUGAGGUGUUCUCCCGAAUUGACCAUAAAUUCGACCUUAUGUAUUCCAAGCGGGCGUUUGUGCAUUGGUAUGUAGGUGAAGGGAUGGAGGAAGGUGAAUUCUCGGAAGCCCGUGAGGAUCUUGCUGCUCUUGAAAAAGACUAUGAGGAAGUUGGAGCAGAAGGUGCUGAUGACGAGGGUGAAGGGGAAGAUUACUAAAACUUAAUACUUUGGGAUUCAGAAGCUCUCUCUCUUCCUUAUUUUGUUUCUCUAGCUGCAUGUUUUUAUGUUCUUCAUCUUUUGAAUGACAUGUACGUUGUGUUAUGGAAGAAUGCAUGAUAAAGAAUGCAUGAUAAGCAAAAGACUCGAAACAAGUUUUACCUUUAUUGACAUCCCU